UUCCUCUUUAGAGGACUCACAUCUUUGCAUGCUGAGGGUUUCUUCUCCUACAUGACAACUACUGUUUUCAUUCAUCACAAUAACAAACAUCACCAUGCUCUCCACUCCAGUCCAGCCUGUGGCAGUAGUGUGACAACAGGAGGAGGAAACAGGAGGAGAAGAAGAAAGAACCCGGAUGUUUUGGGACUCUGUCGGCUUUACAGAAAAUGUCUAAAAAGUCAAAAAAGAGAAAGCGCAAGAAGUCGUCAUCCUCAAGUGAAGAAGAUUCGAAGUCCAAGGAACAAGAUGUUGCCAAGAAUUACAAAAGUGGCAGGAGGAACCACGAUGUAAAGGAGAGAUAUAUACCUACCGUUAAAGAUGUUUCCCAAAGCACCCGCCAGAUCAAAACGCCUGUUUACAGACUGUCAAAAACACAAGUAACAGACCAGAAACCUGUUGACAAGGAAGAACGUACAAAACCAAAAAGUGGUGUUGUGCCAUUACAUAGGGAAAAAUGCUCUAGUAGAGCAAAACAUGAUAUUUCAGGGAAUGAUAAUUCUGUCAGUGGGAGUAAGACUGUGGAAAGGGGACCCUCAACACCCUCGAACGAUGCAGGUACAGCUCCUCAGAGGACAGAGAAGACAUCUAAAGGCAGCUUAGAUGAAACGUCUUCCCAGAGCAGCUCAUCCAAAUUAAAAAAGCAGCGAAUGAGUCCCAGUGUGGUUUCUGCUGAACAGAAGCAGGAUAGAUUGAAGAGAAAGUGCAGAGCUGAGGAACCACCAAGGACUGGAAAUGACAGCAACGCUGUCAAGACCAGAGAACCCAGCAGGACCUCCUCCGUCUCCAAGGAGUCUUCAUGGCAGAAGAGAACAGAACUGUUUGAGAAGAUAUGCCAAAGGCAGCAAGAAAAUAAGGCCAAAAGGAGCCCGUGUAGAGAAGCAAAAACUCACUCUGCCUCAACCACAAAGCAAAGGAGCCCGUGUAGAGAAGCAAAAACUCACUCUGCCUCAACCACAAAGCAAAGGAGCCCAUUUAGAGAAGCAAAAACUCACUCUGCCUCAACCACAAAGCAAAGGAGCCCGUGUAGAGAAGCAAAAACUCACUCCGCCUCUACCACAAAGCAAAGGAGCCUGUUUAAAGAAGCAAAAACUCACUCUGUCUCUACCACUCACUCUGCCUCUACCACAAAGCGAAGAAGCCCAUUUAGAGAAGCAGAAACUCACUCUGCCUCUACCACAAAGCAAAGGAGCCCGUGUAGAGAGGCAAAAACUCACUCUGCCUCUACCACAAAGCAGAGGAGCCCGUUUAGAGAAGCAAAAACUCACUCCGCCUCUACUACAGAGCAAAGGAGCCCGUUUAGAGAAGCAAAAUUUCCCUCUGUCUCUACCGCAAAGCAAAGGAGCCCGUGUAGAGAAGCAAAAACUCACUCUGCCUCUACCACUCACUCUGCCUCUACCACAGAGCAAGGGAGCCCGUUUAGAGAAGCAAAAUUUCACUCUGUCUCUGCCACAAAGCAUUUCUCCACCUCAGCCAAUCAGGCUGUCUCAGUUAGCAGCUCAAAACUGGUGAAGAAUGUCACUACAAUCCCAGGGAAGUUCACAUCAGUGCCACAUAAGACAGUUAAGGCAUCAUCUGCUCAGCAACAAAUAUUCCCUUUUGCAUCACCUCUGCCUAUUAAGUUUAAGAUAGCAAAAAAGGUUCAACCAAGGCCAGGAUUCAAGGCCACUUUUCUGGAGGUUACACCUAGUUUUUCAUCUGAAGAACAAGAUAAGAGGUCAUCUUUGUCAGACCAACUCCCAGCUACGUCUCAUAGCGUCGCUGAGCUGUGGUAUGACCAGGUAAAAAACUCAAAAAGGGUUCAACCAAGGCCAGUAUAUAGCCCCGGUAAGAAUAACAAUGUUAGAUCUAGAGACAGAAAUCUCAAACAUGGGAUUGAGCUUUCUGACUCUGGGGCCUCAAGGAGCAACUCCAAGCAGGAUACUGUCCAACAAGCUCCCACCUUUUUGGAUGUUACACCUAGUUUUUCAUCUGAAGAACAAGAGAAGAGGUCAUCUUUGUCAGACCAACUCCCAGCUACGUCUCAUAGUGUCACAGAGCCGUGGUAUGACCAGGUAAUAAACUCAAAAAGAGUUCAACCAAGGCCAGUAUAUAGCCCCGGUGAGAAUAACGAUGUUAGAUCUAGAGACAGAAAUCUCAAACAUGGGACUGAGCUUUCUGACUCUGGGGCUUCAAGGAGCAACUCCAAGCAGGAGACGGUCCAACAAGCUCCCACCUUUUUGGAUGUUACACCUAGUUUUUCAUCUGAAGAACAAGAUAAGAGGUCAUUUUUGUCAGACCAACUCCCAGCUACGUCUCACAGCGUCACUGAGCCGUGGUAUGACCAGAUGACGGUGGUGGAAGAGCUUCAUCUUGCCCGCUCUGAGAAGAGAUUGGAGAUGAAUGUAAUGCAAAGCUAUGGGGAACUCACCUGUAUGGACACAGACCCUCCAGAAGGAGCUGCAGACCCACACUGUCAACAACCUCCACAGCAAGACCUUAUCAUUGUUUUGGACACCAACAUUCUCCUCAGUCACCUGGGUUAUGUGAGACAGAUCCAAUGUCACGGCCUUGUGCUGAUCCCCUGGGUGGUGCUUCAGGAACUGGAUUCCCUAAAAAGUAAGAGAGGCAUGCCAGGUUCUGUUGCCCACCUGGCAAUUCCUGCCAUCUCGUACAUUUACAACUGUCUGAAGAAUCGGGAACCUAACCUGAGGGGGCAGUCUGGGCAGCAGGCUGCCGAGAGCAUCGAUGGUCUGAAUGCUGAGAAUAACGAUGACAGGGUGCUGCAGUGCUGCCUGCAAUACCAGAGUCUAUAUCCAGAGUGUGCUCUCAUUCUAUGCACUGAUGAUAAGAACCUAUGCUGUAAGGCCCUCAUGAGUGGGGUGACGGCCCUCAGCAAGAGUGAUUUAGAGGCAGAGAUCGGAAGAUCCAGACAUGGCUUUCACCCUCCGCAAAACAUUAAGCCUCCCAUGCUGCCUCACAUCGGCCCUCUUGUGUCAUUACCAAUGCAGAGCAGGAGAUGUGCAGCGGUCCAGCCACACUGUCAAGAGAGAACAGGCUUCUUUGUAGAAGAGAAAGAUAACAAGCGACUGAGCGCAAUUGAGGAUGAAGAGGAGACAAAAUGGAACAAUAGCAGUGUUUGUGAACUAGAAGUCUGCCUCCGAGACGUGCUGUCUGAUGUGUUAGAGGUGGAGAUGAAGGCCGCUUACAAUGAGCUCUGGCUAGAGAUAGUUUACGUAAAACCACCCUGGACUCUUCGAGAUGUCUUGCAGUGUUUGAAAAAGCACUGGGUUGCUGUCUUUGGGCAGGUUGUCCCACGGUGGAUGGAGCAAACUGUUUUAAAACUCAUCGACUUCUUCAACUCAGGUAAAACGGCGGACUAUAGCGCUGCCUCCGCAGCCUUCCAAGAAGCUAAGGAGCUUGUGGAAGCAUUCAGGAAGAGUUCAACCCUUGUUCCCAGUGCCAUCUCCAUAAUGGACAACCUUUACAAUAAGCUACAUCCGCAGUGGGAAUCUCCUGCCGGUGAUGUUGUCAUGAAUGAUAAGGAUGAAGACAAACAGCCCAUGUCUGCUCAGGUCUCUCACCAGGAGGUGUGGGCUGUGUUUGAGAACAUCUGGUCCUAUGUUUUUCAAUUGAGCUUGGAAGUGUUCAAUGCUCUGGGCUUUGACCCUCACAACAUGCGGAGUGCUCAGCCAGUGGGAGGUCCCCCACCACCGCAGGGCGCCUUGGACUGUCUGCACAGACUGUCCUCCAUGGUCUCACAGCUGCUUCAAUCUUUCAGCAGUGUCUUGUCCUCACCUCCUGGUUUAGAAGAAGUCCAGACGCUUCUCGGCAUCAUCCACUCUAAUAAGGUUGUUGACGAGGAUUCCAGAGUGACAGCCAAAGACUUUCUCGAUUGUUUCUCACAACAAGAAUACAGGGAGAAGCUGAGACUUGGAGGGAACCAGUUAAUGGAGCUAAAAGAGGCCCUGGAUCGUUGUGUCAGUACCACGGGUCAACACAUCACCUUUACCACACUACCGUGCUGAUCGGCUCAGAAUCAGAGAGUCUGCAGCACAUCAGCUAAACAGAUGCACUGAAUAAAGUGAUAUCCUUUACUUGAAGCAAUAACUACAAUUUGAAGGUGUUUCUGCUUAUACUGUGCCUCCAGUGAUUGAAGCUGUUUACCUUUUUUUAUUUCCAUUUAUAAAAAUCACACAUUGUUCUGUUUCCCUGAAUGAAUGGAUGAUCUCCAUCAUUCUAAAGGGCAAUACAUUCAUCAAACAGCUGUUCUGUAUUCAGAGUUCAACUGCAUCAAGUAUUGCUUUCAAUAUUCCCACUACUGCUACUUUACACCUGGUUCUCAUAUAUCGUGCUAAAUCACAGUUGAGCAGUGAUUUCUCAUCUUUCACCCUUCACAGGGAUUUUUUUAUUUCAGUUCAGCAAGUCUAUAAACAUUCAUGCAUAUAAAAUAUUGUACUAUUUUGUUAGAAGUGAUUUAGUUAAAUCACAGCGCUGCUUUCAUUAUUAUUAUUUAAACAUUUAUAUGUAUGCAAAAAUAGAUAUAUUUAGAGAUAUUUUUGGACCAUAUGAAUGUGUGAUAUGCAACGAUGUUUGAAGCUCCAGGUGUAGCCCUCGGCCCACUGUGACAACUGACAGACAGCUUUUUUUUUUAAUGAAAGUCAACUAUAUUUUAACGUCUGUUCACUGUUUCUCAACCCAGAUCCUAUUAAACAGUUGGUUCCCAUUAUUUAUGAUUGUUCAACUUCACUGAAUGCUUCAGUUCACUUGGCUUAAAGGGAUAGUUUAGGUGUUUUGAAGCAGGGUUGUAUGAGGUAGUGAUCCAUAGUCAGUGUAUUACCUACCUAGAUGACAGCCGGCACGCCCUCAGUUUUGAGAAGCAGACAGGAGUUACCGCACGGAAGCAAAGCAAUGUACAGCUGUGGACGGGGCCGGCAGCAAAACGUAGUUCAGCCACCUAAAAGAAAGGCCCACCUAAAAAAAAAUCAAUAUCUGUUUAAGUGUCUUUAAGUGUUUAAGUGUAUGUGUCUCUAUAUUUAGAAUAUUUUCGCUGGUUUACCUUACAUACUAUUUGUAUCUAAGAAAAGACUUUAAUAGAGUUUAGUUUGAAAACCUGUUUUCAUCUUUUGCUAGAAGAAAUGUAAAUAAUGUGUGAACACAAAAUAUAUUUUAUGUAAGAGUUAAAUGUUUACAAGAAAUUAAAUGUUUUGAAGUUU